CCACCGACAACACACGGGUUGAAAGCAUGUGGUGGAAAUGAUCACAUGACUUCUAUCUAACUCUUGAUUGGCAGAAAUUGUUUCUCGUCUUUCCUAGAUGAAAUACUUUUGCGUUAUUGAGUUUAUUCAUAGUUUGGCGAUUUCUGUCAUGACGUCAGAGCUCUUCAUAUGCAUUUCCUGAGGCCCACGCGGCGGAGCUUCACGUGACUCAGGUGAGAGGAGAGGUGAAAAUGUUCACGUUUAACGUUUUGUUUUCUUCAGCUUUCGAUGAUGAUAAUGAUAAAGGCAACAGAUUCAUUUGCUGUACAACUUUGAAAUAGUUUUAGCAUUUGUUGGUUAAAAAAAGAAAAAAAAACUGUUGGCACGAGUGGCCUCUGUGACGAGUAGGAGGGGGAGGAGCCAGAGGAGGAGCAGAGGGAGGUCGGGGGUUGACAGCUGAUGCGGCUGCAGCAGAGGAGCGCAGAGGAUGCGGGUGAGCUGCUGCGGGACCCGACGCGGAUGGACGUUUGACAGAGUCGCAUCACUUUGCUGAGCUCCGGAGGGGGUCUGGGGGCUGCGCUCCUCCUGGGGGGGCCUGGGCUCCUGCUGCACAGAGAGGAUGGAGAGCGGAGUGUUCCUGAACUGUCUGGACCAGUUCAUGCUCAGCCCGCUCGUCACAUGGGUGAAGACGCUCGUGCCUGAUGAUGGGGGCGAGAAUUUGGACUUCUCGGACCUGCUGGAUGGAGUCUUCCUGAACGACAUCAUGGCUCAACUAAGUCCUCCUGCUGCCCCUCGGGUUGUGAGCAGAGUCUGCAGGGAUCCGAGUCAAAGGAUUCAGAACCUGAACUUCCUUGUGCAGCAAAUCAAGACGUAUUAUCUGGACAGUCUGAGGCAGUUAAUCGCGAUUCCUCUGCCAGACGUGCUUCUGCUCAGCAGGACGCCGUACUGUGAACAAAGUCUGGAUGAAAUGAAGAAGCUCUUGCUGCUGUUGUUGGGAUGUGCCGUGCAGUGUGACAAAAAAGAGGAGUACAUAGAGAAGAUCCAGACGCUUGAUUUUGAAACAAAAGCUGCGAUUGCUGCUCAUAUUCAAGAGUUGACCCACAGUCAGGAGAACGUGCUGGACCUGCAGCGGCUGGAGUCUGGAGACAUGCACCCAGAGGAGACGGAGGCGGCGGUGAGAACCGUGGCCGCAUGCCUCCAGCAUUUGCUGGACCAGAGGGACGCUCAUCUGGAGGCUAUAGCAGAGCUCAUGCAGGAAAAGGAGGCGGCUGGAAGUUCGCUCUGCAGCCCCUCCAGCCCCCCGUCUGCCUGCUACUCUCCCAGCAUGCAACAGCAGCAGGCGGGGACUCAACAGCACCUGGUGGUGGAGCUGGCCGACUCGAAGGCAAAGAUCAGACGACUCAGACAAGAACUAGAGGAGAGGAGAGAGCAGAUGCUCGACUGCAGACAUGAGCUGGAGAACAUGGAGGCCCAGCUGAAGAGGGUCCAGCAGGAGAACUCCCGGCUGCUCGUGGACGCCCGCGCUGCCCGGACGUACCGCGAUGAGCUGGACGCUCUGAGGGAGAGGGCCAUGAAGGCGGACAAGCUGGAGAGUGAAGUGGGGAGAUACCGGGAGCAACUGCACAAGAUGGAGCUGUACAAGGCCAAAGUGGAGGAGCUGAAGGAGGACAACAGGGUGCUGGUGGAGACCAAGGAGGUGUUGGAGGAUCAGCUGGAAGGCUGGAGGGCUCGCACAGACAAAAUCCACCAGCUGGAGAAGCACAUCCUGCUGCUGAAGGCCCGGGUCCAGGACCUGGAGCAGGAGAGGGAGGUGGACAGGAGGUGCAUCAAGGAGCUGCAGGAGGAGAACCUGGCUCUGUGUUUGGCUCAGAGGAGAAGCAUGGAGGAGUCUCAACACUUGGGCUGGGAGCUGGAGCAGCUCUCCAAGACAUCGGAGAGCUCGCAGGGGCAGCAGACUUUCAGCGAGGAGGUCAGCGAGAGGACUCGCAGUCGGCUGCUGAAGCUGGAGAAGGAGAACCAGAGUCUCCUAAGGACCAUAGAGGAGCUCAGCACCAAAAGCAAACCAAACCGUCUCCUCUCCUCCUCUGCGGAGGAGUCCUCCUGCGCAGAAAACUCCGAGCCGCUCAUGAACGGAGGGUCAAACUACCUUCAAGACGAAGAGCGGAACCUCCUCCCAGAAACUGCAGAGGGUCGUCUGCAGGAGAGCGGACAGCUGCAGGAUGGAGGCGCUGGGAAGGAUUUCCAAGAAAGCAUGUUGGAUCUGGAAGUCCUGGAAAAUAUUCAGAAUGGUCUGCAUUGUUUGGACGGACAGAAGAGCCCAAACAGAAGCAGCCUUCGUCAUGACAGUGUCCUCACAGUUCUGCCGGCUCGCUCUUCCUAUGCCAGCAAGCACACCCAGCGGCUGGAGGCCAAGGUCAGGGCUUUGGACGCAGUAAAUCUGCAGCUCCAGACGUCUCUGGACAGUGCAGAUCGAAAAGUGUCUCUUUUGGAGGAGGAGCUUCAGGAGCUGGAAGCAGAGAACCACACUCUACAGACCUCCGUAGAGGAGCUUCAGAUCUCUGCGAGGCGCCUAGAGCAGCUAGAAUCUGAGAAGCAGAGCCUGGAGCAGGAGACCGCCUCCUUGGAGAAGAGCAAGCGGCACCUGGAGAAGGAGAACCGGCGGCUCCGGCAGCAGGUGGAAAUUCUGGAGGCGAACUUGGACAACAGCAAUGUGUGCAUGAGCAGCUUGGAGAGAGAGAUGCGCGGCGUGGUGAAGGAGGUGGAGGGGUUGAGGGAAACGGCUGAGAGGGUCAAAAACCUGGAGGUGGACAACAGACAGCUGGCCAAGCAAGCUGCCAUCGACCAGAAAACGCUGGCAACGCUCAGGCAGGAGCUGGUGAGUGAGAAGAUGAGAGAUGCUGAGCUGCGGAGGCGGGCGCAGGAGCUGGAGAUGAGAGUCCUGAACCAGGAGAGCGCAGAGAAGCCACAAACAUCUGAUGGCAGGGUCAAAACGCUGGAGCAGGAGUCUCUGCAAAUUAAAGAUGAGGAGAUCCUGGAAGUUCGUCUGAAGGAAGCGUCCUCCCUCGAUCAGGAACGGCACCACGAGCUGAAGAGUGUAAGUCUGUGCAGAUUCCUAUCUAGACGUGUUUUCAAUCGUCAAAUGUGACUCCUUUCGUUCUGCGACGCCUUGCAGCAGACACAAGAGGAGUGCUCCAGCUCUGAGGCCGAGAGCUGUAAAGCCGUGAGCAAGUGGCUGCAAGAAAGCCAGGAGGCCACAAAGGAGCUGCUCAGGGUCAAAGAUCACCUGAUUAAAGUCGAGAGAAAUAAUGCGACGCUGGAGGCGGAGCAGCUGGCUGUCAAGGUGCAGCUGAAGCAGCUGGAGGGUCAGAGUCACAUCCAGCAGGCGCAGAUAGUAGCCCUGCAGAGGCAGGCGGCCUCUCUGCAGGAGAACAACACCACCCUGCAGACGCACAAUGCUAACCUACAGGUGGAGAUGGCCACUCUGAAUUCCCAGAGCGCGUCCCUCAUGGCCCAAAAUGCUCAGCUCCAGCAACAGCAGUCCAGGACGGAGAGUGAGCGGGACGGCACACUGCGAGAGCGCGACGAGCUGCGCGGCUCCCACGAGCAGCUGCUGCGGGACCACGAGCGGCUGGUGGUUCUGCACGAGCGGCAGGCCAUGGAGUACGAGGCGCUGAUGGGCAAACAUACAUGUCUGAAGAACACCCACCGGACGCUGGAGCUGGAGCAUCGCACGCUGCAGGACAGAUGCAAGAGCCUGCUGCAGCAGCGGACAAAGCUGGAAGACCUGGAGAAGGCCCUGAAGGAAGAGCAGAUGAGGAUGGGUCUGGAGAAGGAGCAGCACCGGAGCACGGCUGCUGAGUGCAGCCGGCUGCGCGAUGAGAAUUUUUAGGUUAACCAGGUUUACUGUCAGCUCGUAAAGGACAACGAGGCCCUGACAGCAGAUCAUAAGCAGCUCAAGAGCCAGAUGAACGAAAUCAAGCUGGAGAAGACUUGGCUGGAAGCAGACUUCUCCAAGCUGAAGACGGAGCUGCAGCAGCUGGACAUCACCUCCACCAAGCUCAACAACCAGUGUGAGCUGCUGAGUCAGCUAAAGGAAAACCUGGAUGAAGAGAACCAGCACCUGCUGAGCCAGAUCAAGACCCUGAUGCUGCAGAACCGGAGCUUGCUGGAGCAGAACAUGGAGAGCAAAGAUCUGUUUCAUGUUGAGGAGCGGCAGUACAUAGACAAGCUGAAUGAUUUGCGGAGGCAGAAGGAGAAGCUGGAGGAGAAAAUCAUGGACCAGUACAAGUUUUACGAGCCUUCACCUCCUCGCAGACGGGGGAACUGGAUAACCCUGAAGCUGAGGAAGCUGAUGAGGUCCGGCAGCCGGGAGCUGGAGCCCGCGGGCUCCGGCCCGGAGAGCGGCUCCUUCAUCGGCUCUGACGGCUCUGGAGGCUCCGCCUCUGCCGUCCUGCUACAGCACAGCACUCCUCUGAAAAAGUUCCCCCGCUUGAAGAGCAGGCUGAAGGACAGAGAAAGAGUCCAGUCGCUCUUCCGUCGCUCCUCGUGCAAAGAUUCCAAUGCCAGCAGCUUACCAUCUGGAUGCGAGGACAGCGACACGCUGCAGAAUCCCGGAGUCCAAAGUCGAGCCCAAAGUGAGAGCAGCGGAGAGUUCAGCCUGAGCCUGGAGAAUGAGCCAUGGUCGAAUGGCAGCAGUCCCGUCCAGCAACCUCCUUCUCGACGUUCCUCCUCCUCCAACCAACCACCCAGUGAUGCCUCCACCCCCCAACGGGACAUGAAGCUGCAGGAGGGCUGCCAAAAGGCCUCCCCUGUGUCACCUCACCCCUCUCAGAACACAGACCACCACUCUGUUCAAACUAAGCAGGAUCCUGCGCCGCCUCAUGACUUCUGGCUCAGCAGAGGCACAAAAACCAUCCGGAGGGGAUCCAAAGGAAAAGUUCCACGUCGGUCGUCAGAUUUAGGAGUCCAAGCUAACUCUGGGCUGAAAAGGGUGGGCUCAAAACCUGAGACCUCCAAGUCUUCCGCCUGUUCUCCGAUUACAGUUCUGUAUGUUCAGGGAAAGUCCUCGUCAAUGUCUGGCUGCCUCAACUGCUUCUCUGCGCCUCUGGUGAAAGACAGACAGCUGAAGGGGCCGGGGGCCCCCGGCAGUCUCCCACGUGCCAGCAACGUCAUCUCCACGGCAGAGGGCUCGUCCCGGCGCUCCAGCCUCAGCAGCAGGGGCGCUGGCAGGACCGGACCUCAGCACGUUUCCACAGAGGAGCCGCUGGCACCACCAGGACCCAUUCCCCCUCUCAAACCGCCCAGGGAUCCAGCCGUCCUUCUUCCGUCUGAACAUGCCAAGUCUCCCGUGCAGGAGUCACUCGGCUCCUCGUUCACUUUCACAUCCGUCUUCUCAAACACGAUCUUCAGUGACACGGUGGUGAACACAAACUGCCUGGAAGGGCUCAGCGCUGAUCAAAUCUUCCUCGCCCCAGACCCGACUCAGAACUGCCCUUUUGAGAGCCAGACGUCUCCUGAAAGCGGAUCACAGACUCUGCUCGGUUCUGAGAGUGCAGCAGCUCAGAAGGACAUAUAGGUGCAGCUGUGACAGUUACAGAAUCAGCCAUUCUCGAUUUCAUCAGUAGCAAAAUGUAAAGUUUGUGUUUGUCUUUUAUUUAUGUAUUUAUUUCAGAGGCUGAAGGGAGCUUUAAUGUUCUAAAGUAAAGUUGUGUUUCCAAUUCCAGAAAAACUGAGCCUCAAAAAACAUGGUUUAAUCUUUUAUGGAUAUUUUCCCUCUACAGUUUUGUGUUCUAUAUGUUUAAAUGUGCUGGUUUUCCCUUUUAUUUAUUAAAUUAUUGUUUUGAUAUCUGUUCUUUUCCUUCUAAGAAUGAGUUGUGACAAAACUAAAAUAAAAGAGGGAUGACUAUUCAUUCAAA